ACGUGUGAGGCCACUGGCGCCCCUCCAUGGUCGAGGCCUCUGAGGCCUUCCUGCUGCACGCCCAGGACCUGGCCCAGGUGGCCCAGCACCAGGCCCGGCUUGGGGCCAAGUGUGCCCAGCACGGCGUGCCUCACCAGCCCCAGAUGUUCGAGGUGCAGCCUGGGCCUCAGUACCUCGUGGCCCUGGAAGAGGCCACGUGGAGGUUCACGGAGCCUCUCGCGUGCCUCGACGCGCUGUUCUGCACGUACCACGUGCUUGGCCUCACGUACCAGCCCGCGUGCAGGAACACGUGGGUGCUCGUGCAGCGCCUCUUGUACGACAUUGAGGCCACCGACGACCGCCUCGCGCCCUGCGUGUCUGUCCUCGUCAACGAGCUUAGUGCCUCACCUACGUGCUCCACGUGAGCCUCAUACACGUGCUCCACGUGAGCCUCACCUACGUGCUCCACGUGAGCCUCACCUACGUGCUCCACGUGAGCCUCACCUACGUGCUCCACGUGAGCCUCACCUACGUGCUCCACGUGAGCCUCAUCUACGUGCUCCACGUGAGCCUCACCUACGUGCUCCACGUGAGCCUCACCUACGUGCUCCACGUGAGCCUCAUACUACACGUGUGCGCCUCCUCCACGUGCGCCUUCAUUCCAAUUAACACUCAGUGAAAUAUGGACAAAUUACACGUAUUUCUGAUCACAAAAUUGUUUAUCAAUGCGAAUAAGCUUCGAUAUUUUUAUUUUUUUGUUAAUGAUUUUAUGAAAUAUUUUU